UUUCCACUUCACUUUCAGCUCACGCUUGACCUUGUCCACAUCCAAUCCACCAGUGUGGCUGACUGGCUGGCUGUUCUUCUUAAACUCGUCGUGUUUGUUGUUAUCCAGAUCAAGAUAAGGGUAUUGGUUGUGAUAAGGUACUUGGCUGAGUAUACCCCAGACCCAGUGCAACUGGUGACUUCAGUGGCAAAAAGUACUCCCCGGUGACCGGUCGGUACGGGAGAGAAGCUGCGAAAAGGGUGCUAUUAAUAGUCACCUUAAAAAACUGAAAGUCAUCCUAAUCGUCAGAAGACAACACUUGAUGCCAUUCUUGUGGAAACAGCUAUUCAGCAGUAGUUCAAUAAUUACACGCAGUAUUCACCAGAACUUAAGUCGUCGUUCCUGUUAUCUGCAAACAUUUCCUCAAAGUCGUCAUUUUUUCCUACCAAAAGUUCCUCCCAGGACUCAACAUCAAUAUAAUUAUUUUCCGCAGUCAUUCCAAUUAUCGGGGGGAGGACCGAUAUUUCCACUUUACCAUCAGAAACAUAAUUUCCACACGGGCGAGUUGCUGAAUUUCGCAGCGAUGCCUCCAAUCAGCCAAAACCUUGCGGUUGAGAAGAUGGAGGAGUUCAUCAAGGCGAACGAGGUCAUGGUCUUUAGCAAAAGUUAUUGCCCAUUCUGCAAAAAGGUGAAAGCUCUAUUUACCGAUCUGGGUAUUAACUACCAUGCUUACGAGUUGGACUUAAUUGAUCCAGAUGAAGCUGCACUGCUGCAAGCAGCUCUAAAGGAAAAGUCUGGCAUGUCCACGGUUCCGAAUGUAUUCAUAAAAGGAAAUCACAUUGGGGGCUGCGACGAUACGUUCAAGAAACACCAGCAAGUCGGCUUACUGAACGUGCUCAAGGGAUCGAAUGAUAUGGAUUCCACUGCUGGGGAAAGUUCAAGCUAUGAUUAUGAUUUAAUUGUCAUUGGAGGUGGUUCUGGAGGUCUUGCUGCAUCGAAGGAAGCAGCAAAGCUCGGAAAGAAAGUAGCAGUUUGUGAUUUUGUGAAACCAACCCCCGUCGGAACAACUUGGGGUCUUGGGGGUACUUGUGUCAAUGUUGGAUGUAUUCCAAAAAAAUUGAUGCAUCAAUCUGCUCUUCUUGGGACUGCUUUGGACGAUUCUCGUGCUUUUGGCUGGAAUAUUCCCGAGGAUGGGAAAGCUCAUGAUUGGCCAGCUAUGGUUGAAGCCAUUCAGAAUUACAUCGCUUCACUUAACUGGGGAUACCGAGUUGCCUUAAAGGAUGCGAAAGUGACUUAUCUCAACGAAUUUGCCGAAUUCGUCAACGACCGUACCAUAAAUACGACCAAUAAGAAAGGAAAGACUCAACAAGUCACGGCACAGAAUUUUAUAGUCGCUGUCGGUGGGCGGCCCCGCUAUCCUGAUAUCCCCGGUGCUUUGGAAUUUGGAAUUACGUCAGAUGAUUUGUUCUCUCUUCCACAUAACCCAGGAAAAACUUUGUGCAUUGGAGCAUCUUAUAUUGCUUUGGAGUGUGCUGGGUUCUUAGCCGGUGUUGGCAUUGAAUCAACCGUUAUGGUACGCUCAAUUUUACUGAGAGGAUUUGAUCAACAAAUUUCUGGGAUGAUUGGAGAGCACAUGUCAGAGCACGGUGUUAAGUUUUUGAAUGGAUGGGUGCCAACUUCCAUUGUGAAAUUAGAAGAAGGGACCCCUCCGCGUCUCUUGGUUACAGCAAAAGAAAGUGAUGGACAAGGCACGAUGGAACUAGAAGUAAACACUGUCGUCUUUGCAAUUGGCCGUGACCCUUGCACCAAAGAUUUGCAUCUUGACGCAGCAGGAGUGAAGCUCAGUUCCAAAAGUGGAAAAAUUUACACAAAUGAUAGCGAUCAGAGUAAUGUCAACCAUAUUUACGCAAUUGGUGAUGUUGCCGAGAGCCGGCCGGAACUUACCCCUGUAGCGAUUCAAUCUGGUGUCCUAUUAGCCAGACGUCUUUUUGGGGGAUCUCAAGUUCUCACUGACUACAUCAACGUUCCAACCACUGUAUUUACCCCCUUGGAGUAUGGCUGUAUCGGCAUUUCUGAAGAGGACGCCAUUAACAAAUAUGGAGGCGAUGACAUUGAAGUGUACCACACAAACUUUCAACCUCUGGAAUGCACUUUGCCCAAACGAGAUGAAAACAAGUGCUAUACGAAGCUUGUUUGUGUUAAGUCUGAAAACGAACGCGUAGUUGGCUUUCAUUAUUUGGGACCCCACGCUGGAGAAGUCACUCAAGGAUUUGGACUAGGAAUUAAGCUCGGUGCUACGAAAAAUGAUUUUGAUUCUUUGAUUGGAAUCCAUCCCACGACAGCCGAGACCUUCACUACGAUGGGAAUCACGAAAUCGUCCGGCUUGAACGCUCAAAAGACGGGUUGUUGAGGAUAAUUUAUGUGCUAAAAGUUGUUAAAACUUUAAGCGCCAAUUUACCAACAAACUUAAUUAAGAUGUCUUGAAGAUGGAGUCAUUAAUUACGAUGAUAAACCAUUUAUGAAAAUUUAUUUCUAAACCUGAAACCUCAGGGGAACUGGAUUGGAUUGCUUCAUUUCAUCUUAAUCUCUUCAACACGUCCUUCGAGACCUGAAUAAUAAUCCAUCAUCAUCUCAAAAUUUAAUUUCUUCGUGAUACCACGUACAUGAUAAUAAAAUUGGAAUAAGAGGAAAUGUAGUAUAUCUUGCUGUAUGGGACACACAAGUAUAAUUACUAAUUACAUGUAUAUAAUCAAUAAUAAAUUCCCUGUAUCUGAAUGACUGCUAAAUA